AUGCAACAGGGCUCCAUGGAAUGUGCUACUCAGGAGUUGGGGAAAUAUAACAUACAUAUAAAAGUGGCCCAUAUUAAGGAGUUUGACAAGAACAAUCGCACCUGGCACUGCAUCGUGGGGAGAAAUUUGAGUAGUUAUGUGACACAUGAAACCAAAUACUUCAUCUACUUCUACCUGGACCAAGAGGCCAUUCUUCUGUUCAAAUCUGGUUAA